AUGCCGCUCUAUGCUAAAUUUUUGAAAGAUAUGCUAACUUGGAAGAACAAGUACAUCCAUAGUGACACCAUAGUUGUGGAGAGGAACUGCAGUGCCGUAAUUGAACGCAUCCUUCCACCAAAACACAAAGAUCCUGGCAGUGUCACUAUACCUUGCUCGAUCGAUUUAGGAGCCAAUAUUAAUUUGAUGCCACUUUCCAUGUGCCGGAGGCUUGGAGAGUUGGAGAUAAUGUCGACUAGGAUGAAUUUACAAUUAGUAGAUCGCUCCAUCACUAGACCCUAUGGAGUAAUAGAAGAUGUUUUGGUUUGGGUCAAACACUUUAUCUUUCCUGCUAACUUUGUGGUAAUGGACAUAGAGGAAGACGCAAAUAUUCCCUUAAUUUUGGGACGUCCAUUUAUGGCUACUGCAAGUUGUGUAGUAGACAUGGAAAAGAAGAAGCUAGAAAUGGGUAUUGAAGACCAAAAGAUUAGCUUUGAGCUAUUUGAUGAAGAAAGGACAUUGUUGGACCGGAAUGUUUGUCUAGAGGUGAAGGAGAGCAAAGAGAAGGUUCUGAAGGAGAGAACCAAGAUUGAUCCGGGUUGA